CACUUUGGUGACAUUUUAUUAUUUUUUUCGUCUACUUCUUUCCGUCGACGUCAAUAACCACAACUGGAAAUAUGAUGCUAUUAUCGGCUUUGAAAUUGGGUACUGGUAGCUCACCAGCCCAAAUAUCACAGCGCAGCAUUAGUCCAAAUAAUUCAACGUCAACGAGUCAAUUUAGUUUGCAUCACAAUAGUUCUGGCAGUAUAGGUAGUUCAACGCCCACAUCGCUGCAUCCACAGUCAUCGGUAUCCACAUUUAAACAGUCGCCAAAUUUAUUAAACGGUAACGGUUCUCUAUUGGAUAACACAAUGCCAGGUGGUAUACCAACUCCAGGAACACCAAACUCUAAAGCUAAGGACAAUUCACAUUUUGUUAAAAUUGUCGUAGCUUUAUAUCCCUUCAAGGCCAUCGAAGGUGGUGAUCUUUCAUUGGAAAAGAAUGCCGAAUAUGAAGUUAUCGAUGAUUCCCAGGAACAUUGGUGGAAAGUCAAAGAUGCCAUGGGCAAUGUCGGCUAUAUACCCAGCAAUUAUGUCAAACCAAAGGCAUUGUUGGGUUUGGAACGUUAUGAAUGGUACGUGGGUGAUAUGUCACGUCAGCGUGCCGAAUCCCUAUUGAAACAAGGCGACAAAGAAGGCUGUUUUGUGGUGCGUAAAUCAUCGACAAAAGGUUUAUAUACACUAUCGCUGCAUACCAAAGUUCCCCAAUCACAUGUUAAACACUAUCACAUCAAACAAAAUGCUCGCGGAGAAUACUAUUUAAGUGAGAAACAUUGCUGCGAAACUAUACCAGAUCUAAUCAAUUAUCAUCGGCAUAAUUCCGGAGGUUUGGCAUGCCGUUUAAAAUCAUCGCCAUGUGAUCGUCCAGUACCGCCAACGGCAGGUUUAUCACAUGAUAAAUGGGAAAUCCAUCCCAUGGAAUUAAUGCUGAUGGAAGAACUCGGUUCCGGUCAAUUUGGUGUUGUACGUCGCGGCAAAUGGCGUGGUUCCAUUGAUACUGCUGUGAAAAUGAUGAAAGAAGGCACCAUGUCCGAGGAUGAUUUCAUUGAGGAGGCCAAAGUUAUGACCAAAUUACAACAUCCAAAUUUGGUACAGCUAUAUGGUGUCUGCUCGAAACAUCGUCCAAUUUAUAUAGUCACGGAAUAUAUGAAACAUGGUUCGUUGUUGAACUAUUUGCGGCGUCAUGAGACAACAUUGAUUGGUAAUAUGGGUCUGCUGUUGGAUAUGUGUAUACAGGUCUCCAAGGGCAUGGCCUAUUUGGAACGUCACAAUUACAUUCAUCGCGAUUUGGCUGCCCGCAACUGUUUGGUGGGCUCCGAAAAUGUCGUUAAAGUUGCCGAUUUCGGUUUGGCCCGUUACGUUUUGGACGAUCAGUAUACAAGUUCGGGUGGUACCAAAUUUCCUAUUAAAUGGGCACCACCAGAGGUCUUGAAUUAUACACGCUUCUCGUCGAAAAGUGAUGUUUGGGCGUAUGGUGUCCUCAUGUGGGAAGUGUUCACUUGCGGCAAAAUGCCUUAUGGCCGUCUAAAGAAUACUGAAGUUGUUGAACGUGUCCAACGUGGUAUUAUUUUAGAGAAACCAAAGUCAUGCGCUAAGGAAAUUUAUGAUGUCAUGAAGAAAUGCUGGUCCCACGGUCCCGAAGAGCGACCAUCAUUCCGCGUUCUCAAGGAACAGCUGGCCCUAGUGGCUCAAACACUCACCGAUUAAGCCCAAUUCCAUUGAAUUUU